UUCACUUACUGCUCAACAUCUUGUCAGACCGAGCUGCAGAGAUGAAGGUUUACCUGCUGAUCUUGGCUCCAGCGUUUCUCCUCCCGUGCUGGACGCAGCCGGCGGUUCCCUCACAGAACUCCCGACCACUGAACAUGGCUCCUGAAGCCGUCGAUGACAACUACGACGGCUGCAGAGAGAAAAUGGAAGCGAAGAUCAAGAGGACAUAUUUAGAUAAAGAGUUAAAGGGAGUAUUUAAUAUAGCCUGGAAACAAGUAGAUGUAUGUGCAAACAAAGAACCAAAACCAGAAGAUAAGGCUCUCACCAAAUCCCACAUGCAGGCAAUUUGUGCUUAUACAAAUUUUAUUUAUACAGAAUUCAAUAAAGCGGUCCGGACCGAUAAGAACAUCUACAGCAGCACCUUCAAAUUCCACACUUUACAUUACUGGCUGACUACUGCCAUACAGAUCCUGAAUAGCAAUCAAGGCUGUCAGACUACUUAUAGAAGAACCAAAUCUGUGUACAGCGGCAAGGUUGAUGAAAUCAUCCGGUUUGGGAUGUUUGCCUCCAGCUCUAAAGCAAAAGAUCUGACAUCUUUCGGGAGCAACACCUGCUUUGAGAUAGAGACGUGUUCCGGAGCCGACCUGAAGGAUUAUCCGUACCGUGGAACCGACGAGGACGAGGUGCUCAUCCCCCCCUACGAAACAUUCAGGAUCACCCACGUUAUUGAAAAGAAGGGUGAAUUUAAACCUCUGCCUGACUGUGAGAAAGUCUUUGUUUUGAGAAGUGAAAGAAACGAUGUGAGUAACUUAAAGUGCAAAGCUGCAAACUAA